AUAGUUGAACUUGAAGCAUCUGUCUUUUGUCUUAGCUUGAGACAAAGAAUCAAAGAUGAUCUUUUUGUUCCUCUUCUUCUUGCCUGGAAAAAAAGGAGAAACAUUGUUCAAGCAGUGCUCCAUGAGACAAAGCAGAAGAAAUUUGGUAACUCUAUUGAGGUGUUCUCGUUUGGCUCAGUCCCGUUGAAGACAUUCCUCCCCGACGGAGAUAUUGAUUUGACUGCGUUUACUCAACAAAAUAUGGAGGAAAAUUUGGCACAAUAUAUCUGCAGUAUCUUGCAAGAUAACCGGCUAAACGCUGGGUUCAUAGUUCAGAAUGUUCAAUAUAUUCCUGCACAGGUUAAGAUAGUGAAAUGUACUGUCAACGAUAUACCGGUAGACAUUUCUUUCAAUCAAAUGGCUGGUCUAUCUGCACUAUGCUUCCUGGAGAAGGUCGACCAACUUAUUGGCGAAGAUCAUCUUCUCAAGCGCAGUAUCAUCUUGAUCAAGGCCUGGUGUUAUUAUGAGAGCCGAAUUCUUGGUGCACACCAUGGCUUGAUUUCUACAUAUGCAUUAGAAACGAUGAUCUUGCAUAUCAUUAAUGUCUUCCAUUCAUCCUUAUGUGGUCCACUAUCGGUCCUUUACAAGUUUUUAGACUACUACAGCAGCACAUUUGAUUGGGCAAAUUACUGCAUCACUAUAAGUGGUCCAGUUCCCAUAUCCUCCCUUCCAGCAGUUUUCGCUGGGACUCCAGAAACUGAUGGGGAUGAACUUCUGCUUAGUCGGGACUUUUUGAGGUACUGCAGAGAAACAUUUUGUGCUUCGCUGCAGUCCCUUGAGAUCGGGGCCAAUGCUUUUCCCGUCAAGUAUAUGAACAUCGUGGAUCCUUUGAAAGUACACAACAACCUCGGCCGAAGUGUUAGCAAGGGUAAUUUUCAUCGAAUUAGAUGUGCACUUACCUAUGGGACACAAACGCUCGGGGAAGUCCUGAUGCUUCCUGGUGAAAACAUGGGUAUAGGACUUGAAAAGUUCUUUGUUAAUACUUUGAAUCGGAAUGGAAGAGGGCAGAGGCCGGAUGUACAAAUUCCAGUGCAUGCCUUUGGCACUGGCAAAUCUGAAGUUUCUCGUCUGAGCGGUGACUUUGAUGUUUACUAUAACGCUCUACUGUAUAGCCAAUGGUAUCAUUACUAUGCAUUGAAUGUUCCUGUCAUGCCAGCAACCACUGUAUCAUCACCUUCUCAGACACCAAAGCACGGUGCAUGGGAUGCCCUACGGCUGUUUGUUAGGUGCAAACGAAACACUUUUUAUCGUAAGGGAAUGAAUGUUUUUAUCCCGAGAUUACAAUUCGUUCAUCCUUUUGCACUCCAGUUACCAGCUGCAUAUGGUAUUGACAAUAUGACGAAGUCGAGAGGAACCGGCACUUACAUCCCCUACAUGACACAUCAGUCCUAUAGCGAGAUGCAAGCAUGUACGAGCAAAAGAAGAAGAAAUCACAAGCCGUCAACUCUUGUUCCGUCGCAGAACUUACGAAAAGAAAAUGACCCCAUUGAAAACAACCGUUUGUCAGAGAACUCACCAAACGAAAAUGACCCCCGUGGAAACGGCAAUUGCCCUGAUCUUGGCCUUUCAACCGAACAAUUCCCUCUUCUUCCAUCCACCAAAAGGACUACAGCAGCCGGUCCAUCUCGUUCGCCUGCAUUCAAGAGUCCGGUGCCCGAAAAUGGUGGCUCUCAAUUCUUAUCAGCUAUUAAAUUUGGUUGUUACGAGGGUUCAUCAACGCAUUCACCAUCACCCUCAUUGAAAGAUCCGAGGUUAUGCAUGCCUCUGGUCGAAAAGAAGAAGAAAAAAGAGCUUUGCGAGCGCAAAAGGGCUCCCAGAGAACCUUUCCAGCUGCAAGACGAUGAAGACUUCCCUCUACUAUCUAUGUGAACGAAUGUUCACCGGAGGCUGCAGCUGCGAGUCGAUUGAAGAACAAUCGACGAAUGAGAUUGCGCCAACUGCUGUACCGUGAUGUUGUAGACACAGUUUUGCUUAACUUUUUCUGUAAUCUAGAGGGGACAUAAACCAGUUAUGAUGGACUUUGUUUAUCAUAAAUUAGUGUUUUAGGGAUGGUUUUAAACAAUCACCAACUGAUAAUAUCCCUAUCCUUUUCUAAUCUUAAAUACAAAUUUUAGUUUGAUCAUCAGUUUUGUUG